AGAGCCCAGUACAGUAAAUAGACAUUUGUCAUCCUCUCAGCUCUCCUAACCUUGCUUUAGUGUUUUGUUUGGUAGUUUGGGCAGCGACAAGUCUCAGGCGUAGGUGUAGGGCUCCACUGCCAUGGAGCAGCCCCAACAAGUGGGCGACUGGUUGCAGAUCUCCGUGCUGGGCUCGGGCAGCUUCGGCACGGUGAGCCUCUGGCGCCAAGAGCUCACCGCCGAGUGCGUAGCGGUGAAAAAGUGCAAGUUUGCGUCGCCGAAGGCGCUGAGCAGCAAGCAGAAGGAGCGCUGGCGCUUGGAAGUGGCCUUUCUGCGCUCCAUCAGCCACCCGAACAUCAUCGGCUAUCGGGAGUUGGACCCCAUUCUGGGGCGCGCGCUGGCCCAGAGCAACCCCACAGGGCUGCCGCUCCUCUCCAUGGAGUACUGCAGUAAAGGCAAUUUGCGGCGCUUCCUGAGCAGCGAGCCAAUCAGGAUGUGCGGCCUGGCCGAGCAGGAGGUGCGCGCCAUCCUGCUGGACGUGUCCAGCGGUCUGAGUCACCUGCAUGCGCAUCAAAUCGCCCACAGAGACAUCAAGCCCGAUAACAUCGUGCUGCAGCACUGCGCGGACCGCCCAGGCCAGACCGUCUACAAGAUCAUUGAUCUGGGCUAUGCGAAGGAGCUGAACGACGCGACGCUCAGCUUUGUGGGCACGCUGCACUAUCUGGCGCCGGAGAUUUUUCAGGGGCGUGGCUACGACAAGCGCGUCGACUAUUGGUCGAUGGGCGUGAUGGUGAGCGAGCUCGUCACCGGGCUGUUGCCGUUCCUGCCCGAGGCCACGCCCUUCGAGCGCUUCGAACGAAUCAAAGACAAGGGGCCGGACGACAUCUGCAUCUACACCUCCGGCUCGGGCGCCGUUGCCAACUCCACCGAGAUGAAGCGCGAGAAUUUCAUCAGCGGCUGCCUGAAGCAGAGCCUGGAGGCGUGGCUGCGCCGCGCCCUCCAGAUCGACCCCGCCCAGCGCUGCUUCAGCCGCGACCUCAGCGCCUUCGACUUCCUGCGCUUCAUCCUCGAUCAGCACAUCGUGCAGGUCUUUUCCGUAUACAAGUGCGAGUUCUACUCGUAUGAGGUGAACGACUGCACGCGCCUGGGCACCCUGAAGGCGUGGCUGGGGCGCGACAUCAAGCUCCCGGCCAAUGAGCUGCUGUUCCUGGACUCGCACCAGCUGAUUGGCGGCGAGGCGGACGACGGACAGCCAAUGGGCGCGCUGCGCCGGCCCUCCAUGCUGAUUUUCGCCUACAAGGGGGCGGAGCUGCUGUCGGGCGCCCCGCCCCUCCUCAAGCUGCCCCCCCUGGUCAAGGAGCUGUUCAGCGUCGGGCAGCCCUUCCAGCCCAAGUUCACGCGCGCCCUCUACCGCCAGGCCUUGUUUCUGGUGCACAGCCUGCUGCGCAUGCAGCGCGCUCUGGAGGGGGCGCUCAGCGCCCUCCUGCGCCAUCUGCACAGCCAGCGCCAAACUAUGCGCCAGAAGUACAAGGAGGCGGCAACGCGGCAGGCGCAGCUCCACCAGGAGAUUCAGGGCUUUUUGCUACGCAAAAAGCAGUCCACGUUGAGGGGGCGAGACGCCGAAUACUGGGCGUGCCUUGAGGGCGUGGCCCGCUGCGUGGAGCGGGCGGAGCGCCGCCAGGCCAAUCUGGCGCAGGUCGGCGGCCAGUGGCGCCGCCUACUCAGCGUGGAGGUGGGGGAGGAGCAAAUGCGCGCAGUGUUGCAACAGCACGACAUCCAGCCGCUGUUCGAUGACAUCAACGGCAAGGCCUUCGUGGAGCGCGCGCAGCCCGACGUGCUGGGGCGCAUCAGGGGCGUGGUUUCGCACGCCAUCAAGCUGCACACCCGCCUUUUCCGCCACGCCCCCUUCCAGAAUCAGUCGCAGGACGUGGGCGCCCUGCUGCGGUGGGCGCGCCAACUGGAUGCCUGGCUGGGGCGCUUCAUCGAGAGCGCCGGCCCACUGGGGGCGCAGUUCGCCGAGGCGCGCCAGCGCCACGACGCCCUCCUGGCGGCGCAGCGCCGCCCCCCAUCUGUGCCCGCCCUCAUCCAGGAAAACGCCCUGCUGCGAACCACGCUGGAGGGGCUGCUGAUGGCGCCCCCCGCCCACCAGCUGGAGUAGUGGAGCUGAUGCAGCAAAAGUGCGGUUAAGUUUUUUGUUCAGAAAUAUAUGAAUGCAAUCGUU